CUCAUCACGCGCGGCGGCUCCUCGUGGGACCAAUUAGGGUACAGCGGAGCGCGGGUUAGGGGGUUCGGAGGGCGGGUGAGAAGCUUUUCCGUUGUCUCUGCCGCCAUUUUGUGCCGUGGGCUGUCGCCGCUGCUGCUGCUGCUAAGGCAAGCAUUAGCCACCAUGGUGAAACUUUUUAUUGGCAAUCUUCCUCGGGAGGCCACAGAGCAGGAGAUCCGCUCCCUUUUUGAGCAGUACGGACGGGUUCUGGAAUGCGACAUCAUCAAGAACUACGGCUUUGUGCACAUUGAGGACAAGACGGCAGCCGAGGAUGCCAUCCGUAACCUGCACCAUUACAAGCUGCAUGGGGUGUGCAUCAACGUGGAGGCCAGUAAGAACAAGAGUAAGGCUUCCACCAAACUGCACGUAGGCAACAUCAGCACCGGCUGCACCAACCUGGAGCUGCGAACCAAGUUUGAGGAGUAUGGGCCGGUGCUUGAAUGCGACAUUGUUAAGGAUUAUGCGUUUGUGCACAUGGAGAGAGCAGAGGAUGCCGUGGAGGCCAUCAGGGGCCUUGACAACACAGAAUUCCAAGGCAAACGAAUGCGCGUGCAGUUGUCCACCAGCCGUCUCAGGACCGCACCCGGGAUGGGAGACAAGAGUGGCUGCUACCGGUGUGGGAAGGAGGGUCACUGGUCUAAAGAGUGCCCAGUAGAUCGCACGGGGCAAGUGCCUGAGUUGACCGAAACUUAUAGCGAGCAAUACGGAAUGGUGCGCACCCCCUACCCUACGGGCUAUGGGGACCCCGUGUAUUAUGAUGACCCUUACGGAAUGGUGGACUACUAUAAACGGUAUCGCGCGAGGUCCGCCGCGGCGUAUGGGGCUUCUGCAUACGACGCUUAUGCGGAGCAGACCAUGGCCCAGUAUUCCCAGUACGCCCAGUACUCACAAGCCACAGCCAUGGCCAAUCGCCUCUCCACUGCCUUAGAGCCCUACGAGAGGGCCUUGCUGCCUGCCUCGGGAACUGCAGCAGCAGUAGCUGCUGCGGCGGCGGCCGCGACCUCCUCAUUUUACACCCGGGAUAGAAGCCCCCUGCGUCGUUCGGCAGCUGCGGCUUCCACCGUCGGAGACGUGUACGGAUACGAGCGUGUUCAGCUUUCUCCCGUUCCGCGAUCAUCCCUCUAUGAUGUCCAGCGGUUCGGGCGGGAUGCAGGCGCGGACAGGUUGCGAUACUCUGCGUAUUGAGUCUGGAGGUAGGCUAUUUGAGGGCUGGACGUCGGGUUCCUGUGGUACAUCCGUGACAAAACUGUGCCAGGCUUCACGAUGUGUCAAUUUGUGUUUAGCAUGGUCUCACUAAUGGACAUCUUGUGUCUCUUCAAAGUUUAGUAACAACUAACUUUCCUUUAAAAACAAAAAUAGAACACCUUUCCCAAUGAUUUUUGCGGGGCUGGGGGAGGGAGGUGUUGCGGGGAGUUUGGCAAUUACUGACAUUGCACCCUCCUGCCUAGACCUGGAUUUUAAGUUUAGGGUGGUCCUGGGUGGAACAGGAGGCAGUCUCUUUUCCUUCUGGAGCCUACUUUAAGCCACAGCCUUCUCUCCCAGCUCAAUUUCUGUCUCCCUAUUUGUGGCUUAAUUUAGGAAGUGAAUAAUCAGUACCCCCCCUUUUUCUUUUCUUUUUUUCUUUUUGUUUGUUUUGUCAUAUUUGUUAUUUUCCUGAGUUUAUUCCCUCCUGUGGAGUCCUUCUUAUACUGAUAAUUAACCUGUGACUUUUGUUCUCUGAAGUUUGACAAAACCUUUUCUCCAGUAAAAUAAAACAUUUGUAACAGA